GGCAAACCCUGGGAGGUCACCAAGCACUGGAUAAAGGGGCGCAAGGAGGCAGCUGGCGACAGAGCGCUCCUUGGCUGGCGCCGCGUCAGGACCCGAACAUGAGGUUCCUCUUCCCCGCCCUGCUGUGCCUGGGGGCCCUCGGGCUGUGUCUGGCUGGCCCUAGGAAAAUCGUUCGAUGGUGCACCAUAUCAGAAGAUGAAGCAGCAAAAUGCUCCCAAUUCAGACAGAAUAUGAGAAGAGUGCCUGCCCCCCGUCUCAUGUGCAUAAAGAGAACCUCCUACUCGGAAUGUAUCCAGGCCAUUGCGACUAAAAAGGCGGAUGCUGUGACCCUCGAUAGUGGCUUGGUGUAUGAGGCAGGCCUGCCCCCUUUCAAGCUGCGGCCUAUUGUGGCAGAGGUCUAUGGAACUGAAGCGGAGCCACAGACCCACUAUUACGCCGUGGCCGUGGCAAAGAAGGGCAGCAACUUCAAGCUGAACCAGCUGCAGGGCAGGAAGUCCUGCCACACGGGCAUCGGCAGGUCUGCUGGGUGGAUCAUCCCUAUCGGGACGCUUCGUCCCUUCUUGAACUGGUCAGGGCCACCCGAGCCCCUUGAGGGAGCUGUGGCCAACUUCUUCUCGGGCAGCUGUGUCCCCGGCGCCGACAGAAACCAGUUCCCCAAACUGUGUCAACUGUGUAUCGGGACAGGGGCAAAUAAAUGCGCCCAAAACUCUCAGGAACCAUACUUCGGCUACGAUGGUGCCUUCAAGUGUCUGCAAGAUGGAGCCGGAGAAGUGGCUUUUGUCAGGCACAGUACCGUGUUUGAGAACCUGCCUAACGAGGCUGACAGGGAAGCGUUUGAGCUGCUCUGCCCGAACAACACCCGGCAGCCAGUGGACUCAUUCAAGGGCUGCCACAUAGCUCGGGUCCCUCCUCAUGCCAUUGUGGCCCGAAGUGUGGAUGGCAAUGAGGACUUGAUCUGGGAGCUUCUCAACCAGGCACAGAAAAAAUUUGGAAAAGGCAAGUCAUCGGAGUUCCAGCUCUUUGGCUCCCCUAAUGGAAAGAAGGACCUGCUGUUCAAGAGCUCUGCCAUUGGGUUUGUGAGGAUCCCCUCGAAGAUAGAUGCUCGAAUGUACCUUGGCUCCAGCUACUUUGCUGCCAUCCAGAACCUGAAGGAAACGGAGGCCGUGGUGGCUGCCCGGCGCAAGAAGGUGGUGUGGUGCGCCGUGGGCCCCCAGGAGCUGCGCAAGUGCGAACAAUGGAGCAGCUUCAGUGACCAGAGUGUGUCCUGCGUCUCGGCCCCGACUGGGGAGGACUGCAUCGCCCUGGUGGUGAAAGGAGAAGCGGAUGCCAUGAGCUUGGAUGGGGGAUUGAUCUAUGUCGCAGGCAAGUGCGGUCUGGUGCCCGUCCUGGCGGAGAACCAGCAAUCCCAGGAAAGUGGCCAUUCUGAUUGUGUGAAUAGACCAGUGGAAGGGUAUCUGGCUGUGGCAGUUGUCAGGAAAUCAGACGCCAACUUCAACUGGAACUCUGUGAGAGGCAGGAAGUCCUGCCACACUGGCGUCGGCAGGACCGCAGGCUGGAACAUCCCCAUGGGGCUGCUCCUCAACCAGACUCACAACUGCAACUUUGAUGAAUACUUUAGUCAAAGCUGUGCCCCUGGGUCUGAUCCGGGAUCCAAUCUCUGUGAUCUGUGCAUCGGCGAUGAGGAGGGUAAGAACAAGUGCGUGGCCAAUAACAAGGAGAGAUACUUCGGCUAUAACGGGGCUUUCAGGUGUCUGGCUGAGAAGGCUGGAGAUGUUGCAUUUGUGAAAGACAGCACUGUUGUGCAGAACACUGAUGGAAGGAACUCUGAACCAUGGGCUAAGGAUUUGAACCUGGAGGACUUUAGUCUACUGUGCCUCGAUGGCACCCAGAAGCCUGUGACCGAGGCUCAGGUCUGCAACCUGGCCAAGGCCCCAAAUCAUGCUGUGGUAUCUCGGCAAGAUAAGGCACAACGCACUGAAGAGGUGUUGCUCGUCCAGCAGGCUAAGUUUGGAAAAAAUGGAAGUGACUGCCCGGGCAAGUUUUGCUUGUUCCAGUCUGAAACCCGAAAUCUUCUGUUCAACGAUAACACUGAAUGUCUGGCCAAACUCCAAGGCAAAACAACGUAUGAAACAUAUUUAGGGACGGCGUAUGUCACGGCCGUUUCUAAUCUGAGACGAUGCUCCAAAACCUCUCCGCUCCUGGAAGCCUGUGCCUUUCUCAGCAAGUAAACCCCAAGAGGAUGGCCUGGUGUUCCCGAAGGCGCCUCAGCCGUUCAUCACUCUCAGCUUUUAACCCCAGGCAUGGUGGACCCUUGUCCUCCCUUUUGGAGGGUGGGAUUUGCCAAUCUCAUCUGUUUUCAUAAUUCCCUGCUGUCAUCUUAGCAAGAAAUAAAAGCAGAAAUAAGGUUGAUUUUCCCUCCUUA